AUGAAGUGGCACGGAGGACUAGGUGCUAAAUCUGAAAUCGCGGAUGCUUCCACGACCGAGCGAAUGGCAGGAAGUGUUGGGACCAUUGUGGAUAGCGAGAAGCAGAAGAAGGCCCAAAAGGAGGUCGCCAGUACCGCACCAGUUGUGGAGGAAGGUGGAGCAGAAGAUGCAAAGCACGAGGCGGAUCUGGCCCGCAUAAGCGAGGAGGACGAACUCGAAUCGAUGGUUAUAGCACAACAUAAAGAAUGCCCUUUGAUCCACACACAGAACUUCUCCAGCAGUAUCGGCAAGAUGAGGCAACCUUGCGCCCUCCAGACUGUCGUCGAAGAAAUCAACCAGCUCAGCGAACACGGGCUUCAGCAACUCGCCGCCAACGACGAGCUCCGACGUGCGGCGAUCGAUGCUGCACGCAGACUGACCCUGCUGGUGCAAACGCCCGAAGAGGCAGUCCGCAGUCUGGCCUUUUCCCCAACAUACAAUGCUUGCGUACGGAUAGCGAUCGACCUACAUUUGUUCGAUCGUCUGCUCGAAAGUCCCUGCAUCAGCUCUGCAAGACUGGCGGAGCGGGUGGGUGCUGAGGACGAGCUCAUCAUACGUCUGAUGCGUGUGCUAUGUGGUAUCGGCUUCGCAGAGGAAGUUGCGGCAUUCCACUACAGUCCUACUCGAAUCACCGCUCAUAUGUGCAAACCAUCAACAGCAGCAUCUAUCAUUCACUUUUUCGAUCAAGGGUUCCCAAGCAUAUCACAGCUGCCACGGUACUUUCAAGAUAAAGGCUACUGCUCGCCGGAUGACUACACGGCUGGACCUUUCCAAUAUGGACACCAAACUGAUUUGGAGACCUACUCAUUCUGGCUUACGAAGCCGACGGUGAUCAACAACUUCAAUGUCUUCAUGCAAGGCGGGAAACUCAAGAAGGAACAUGCAUGGACCGAUUGGUUUCCUACUCAAGACACUAUUGUAAAUGGAUUCAAAGCAUCUGCGCAAGCCGUGAUGCUGGUUGACGUAGCCGGCGGGAAGGGCCGAGACCUGGAGUCAUUCCGGAUGAAGCACAUCGACAGUCCCGGGCGGUUAGUGCUCCAAGAUUUGCCAGAGACAAUCGAGGAGAUCUCCGGACUACACAAGUCGAUAGAGAAGGUUGCUUAUAACUUCUUCACACCACAGCCUGUGCAAGGAGCAAGGGCAUACUUCAUGCAAGACAUCUUCCACAAUUGGCCAACAAGCGUCGCUCAAAUGAUUUUGCAGAACACCGCACAGGCCCUGACUCCAGGCUAUUCGAAGUUGCUUAUCAGCGAGACAGUCCUGCCAGAUCGUGACUGCCCAUUGACUCUAGCUGGGUUGGACUGGGGCAUGAUGUACCUGCACUCCGGUCUAGAGCGGUCAGAGCGGCAGUGGAAAGAUCUCCUGGCGAAAGAAGGGCUCAAAGUUGUGCAGGUUCACAGGGAAGAAGGAGGGGAUUCGUCGAUCAUUGAGGCUAUGCUUGAUGAUAGUGAUGAUGAUGAGACGUUCUCGAAGGCUGGGAAACGGCGGCCGGGGCUUACAAGGAGGCGGAAGACUGUGUCUUGA